AUGCAUAGACACAUAAUAAAAAGACAAAAAUUUCAAUUUUUGUCACAUUAUAAAGAUAAUACAAGUGUCCAUAUAUUAUUAGUAAUAAUAAUAGCAACUAUAAUUAGAAUAUUCUGUAUCAUAUAUACAGUUUUAUGGAGUAAAUUAAUAAGUAGUUAUAAGUUAAGCAAUAAUUUAUUAUGUGAAAAUGGGACAUUAUGGGAAUAUAUAAAGUGCUUCUCUUAUUGGGAUGGAGAAUAUUUCUUAAGAUUAUCAUUAAAUAAAAUCGAAUAUUCUUACGAACAAAAUCAUGCAUUUUUCCCUUCAUUACCAUUAAUUAUAAUAUUUACAAAAAAGUUAUUUAUGAAAUCAAUAUUAAAUACUGAUAAUUGUGCAAUAAAUGUUUUAAUAGCAGUAAUAAUAAAUAAUAUAUUUUUUGUUAUAGCAACCAUAGGAAUAUAUGUGUUUUCAUUAAUACACCUUAUGAAUAGAAAAAAUUAUGAAAAUAAACCUGCCUUAAUGAUAAAUGAACAAAGCUGUUUUUAUCUAAGUAAUAUAAAAGAUGAAAAGGAAUGUUAUAGUUUCAGUUUUUUUUUAUCUGUUUUAUAUUCAUUUACUAGUGGGAAUAUUCAUGUUAGCUCAUUUUAUAAUGAAAGUAUUUUUAGCUGUUUCUCUAUAUGGGGAUUUAAUUUUUUAAAAUUAUCAAGUACUAAUAAUAUGUGUCCCUUUUUUGAAAUAUUGGCUGUGUUAUCCUUUUUUAUUGCAUCUUCUUUUCGAUCAAAUGGUAUCUUAUUUUUAAUACCUCUUUUUUUCUAUAAUAUCAAUUCAUGCAAAUUUUGUCAAUAUUACAUAAAGAGUAAAACUGAGAAGAAGAAAAAUAUAAUUUUUUCUUAUUUUUCUUUUAAAAGGAAUAUUUUUUAUUUUAUAAUCCAUUGGUUAAAAGCUUUAAUUGAAGCAUUUAUUGUGAUUUUUCCUUUUUUAAUUUUUCAGAUUUAUUCAUAUCAUUUAUAUUGUGCACAACACAAUGAUUUAUGGAAAGAACAAAAUAAAACGUUUUAUUUAUUUUUAAUUAAUUUCAUUAAAAAUCCAUUUUCCUAUAUAAAUAUAUGGAAUAAUAAAAGUAUGUUAAUAAAUAGACCAUGGUGUAAUAAAAAUUUUCCUUUUAUUUAUAAUUAUAUACAACAUAAGUAUUGGGAUGUCAGUUUUUUAAAAAUUUUAAAGGCACCAAAUUUCAAUAUAAUAUACUCUGCACCUAUAUAUUAUAUAUCCUUUCACUGUGUAUUUAAUUUUUUUAAGUAUUAUAAUUUUAGCUUACAUGGAUUUUCUCUGUUGUUUAAUCAGUUUUUUGGAUGCAUAGUACACUUGUGUAUAUUUUCUUUUUAUAUAUUACUAUUUGCACAUAACGAGAUAAUAUUGAGAUUAAUUAUAAGUUCUCCAAUUUUUUUUUUACAUUAUGCUUAUUUGUUAAAAUAUUUUGAAAAUUGGAAUUACCUUUUAUUUAUAAAUUUAUUUUAUUUUUUUGUUGGACCUCCUUUAUUUGGAACUUAUAUUGCCUGGACAUAA